ACACUUAUGAUAAUUUAGUAUGACCAAAAACUUUUUCAGAGAUAAAAAAAUAAAUAAAUAAUAUGGUCCUUGCAGUCAGUAGACUGCUGCUGCGGGCCAUAAUAAAUCUGAUGAUCUGCAAGAAGAUCUUUGUAAAGGCGCACGGUGAUGAUCCACGGUGGCAGCAGCAGCAGCAGUAAAAGCCUACCGGCUGGUCCUCUUCAUUAAUGGACUGCAAACUCGACCAGCUGUGUGGGAACCGGCGAUUAAUCCCGCUGGUGAACCUGAUCAUACCUGGAGCAAGUCCUCCCGUUUCACUGCAAGACGCGCCUGUGCGUCAGCAACAGCUGUCCUGUGGCCUCAGCCCGGCUGCCACAGGGGCAGAAGUUUGCGCACAGUCGAGGCACUAAAGGAUUACUUUAUUGUCGCUUUAAUUUCCCCACUAAGUUUGGAAGAUUCCGUGAAAAACCUCAUUGCGCAAGACUCCUUCCAGCGCCCUCUAGGGAAACCCCAGUGUGGUGGUAUCCUUUCGAGAUGCAAAGAUGGCGACCCUGCUCCCUCCCCAAGGUACUGACUUCUUCCGGCCCUUCACCAGAGAAUCACUGGUGGAGAUUGAGAGGCUCGAAGCGGAAAGUAAAAAGCCAGUCAAAGUAGAGGAGGAGAAUGAGGAAGCAGCCCCACAUCCUGAUCUGGAGGCUGGCAAAAAUCUGCCCAUGAUAUGUGGGGAUCCUCCCCCGAAGCUCCUCAACACGCCACUGGAGGAUCUGGACCCCUUCUAUAAAGCACAGAAAACAUUCAUUGUGAUCAGCAAAGGAAAUACCAUCUACAGGUUCAACGCUGAACCAGCAUGUUACAUUCUGAGCCCCUUUAGCCUGAUCCGGAGAGGAUCCAUCAAAAUUCUCAUACAUCCAUUGUUUAGCAUGUUCAUUAUGAUAACCAUUCUAUCAAACUGUGUCAUGAUGACGAUGAGUAACCCACCGCCAUGGAGCAAAACCGUUGAGUAUGUGUUUACCGGUAUCUAUACCUUUGAGGCAACAAUCAAAGUGUUGUCCAGAGGUUUCUGUGUUGGAUCUUUUACAUUCCUACGAGAUCCAUGGAAUUGGCUGGAUUUCAUGGUGAUCAGCAUGGCUUACAUCACUGAGUUUGUUGACCUCGGCAACGUAUCGGCCCUCAGAACGUUUCGAGUGCUUCGAGCCCUGAAAACAAUAACUGUGAUACCUGGUCUGAAGACGAUUGUUGCUGCUUUAAUCCAGUCGGUGAAGAAAAUGGGGGACGUCAUGGUCCUCACCGUUUUCGCCCUGGCGGUUUUUGCUCUCGUUGGCCUUCAGCUGUUCAUGGGGAACCUGCGUCAGAAAUGUGUGCGAUGGCCCAUCCUGAUGAACGAAACCGCAUCCGAGUUUUUCAAUUCCUCAUCAACAUUCAACCACACAGUGGACUUCAGCAACAUCACGGCCAGCAAUAACAGUGUUUACUAUAACAGCACUUUCGAUUUCGUGGAAUAUAUUGAAAAUAUAGAAAAUCACUAUUAUUUGGACGGCAGCAAAGAUGCACUUCUAUGUGGUAACAGCUCUGAUGCUGGAAAGUGUCCUGAUGGAUUCACAUGCUUGAAGGCAGGCAGGAACCCCAACUAUGGCUACACGAGCUUUGACUCCUUCGGCUGGGCCUUCCUUGCCCUCUUCCGACUCAUGACCCAGGACUACUGGGAGAACCUUUUCCAGCUGAUCUUGCGGGCAGCUGGCAGGACGUACAUGCUGUUCUUUGUGGCGAUUAUCUUUCUGGGUUCCUUCUACCUCAUCAAUCUCAUCCUGGCUGUGGUCGCCAUGGCUUAUGAAGAACAGAAUCAAGCAACUCAGAGAGAAGCGAUUGAGAAAGAGGAAGAGUUUCAACGUUUGCUGGAACAACUCAAAAACCAAGAAAAAGCUAAUGCUCUCGGAAGUCGAGGGACCCUGACCAGCAGGAAGUCGCUCAGCCACUGCACAAAAUCUGAGGAUGAACAGAGUCUCAAACAUGGAGAAACAGUCAAGGACUGCAAUGGCAGAGUUGUUCCCCACCUGAUAAUCAGAGCUCCCACCAUGACUGAGUCUGCUGCAGAAUACGAAGAGAAGCGGAAGUCUUUAGAGUCUGUGCACACCAUGCUUCACGUGGAUCAAGGUCUGACACAGAGAUCCAUCAGUGCCACAACAGUGCUGACCACAAUGGGAGAGUUGGAGGAGGCUCAGAGGCCUUGCCCACCUUGCUGGUACAGAUUUGCAGACAUGUUUCUGAAGUGGAACUGCUGUGUGCCCUGGGUUGUCUUUAAAAAAUGGGUACACUUUGUGGUCAUGGACCCCUUUGUUGACCUGGCGAUUACCAUCUGCAUUGUCCUCAACACCCUCUUCAUGGCGAUGGAGCACUAUCCUAUGACCCCAGAGUUUGAUCACAUGCUCUCUGUGGGCAACCUGGUUUUCACUGGAAUUUUCACCGCAGAAAUGUUUUUCAAGCUUAUCGCUCUGGAUCCCUAUUACUACUUUCAAGUCGGCUGGAAUAUUUUUGACAGCAUCAUUGUCACUCUAAGUCUGGUGGAAUUGGGACUGGCAAAUGUGCAGGGUCUGUCUGUGCUCAGGUCUUUUCGUUUGCUUCGAGUCUUUAAACUGGCAAAGUCCUGGCCAACGCUCAACAUGCUAAUCAAGAUCAUUGGUAACUCAGUCGGGGCUUUGGGAAACCUGACUUUGGUUCUGGCCAUCAUCGUCUUCAUUUUUGCUGUUGUCGGCAUGCAGCUCUUUGGAAAGAGUUACAAGGAAUGCGUGUGCAAGAUCUCGUCGGACUGCGAGCUGCCGCGUUGGCACAUGAACGACUUCUUCCACUCAUUCCUCAUCGUGUUCCGCAUCCUGUGUGGGGAGUGGAUCGAGACCAUGUGGGACUGUAUGGAAGUGGCCGGGACGGCGAUGUGUUUAAUUGUCUUCAUGAUGGUCAUGGUAAUCGGAAAUCUAGUGGUGUUGAACCUCUUCUUAGCCUUGCUGCUGAGCUCGUUCAGCGGCGACAACCUCGCACCGGGGGACGAAGACGGAGAGAUGAACAACCUGCAGAUCGCCAUCGGCAGGAUCACACGGGGCGUUGAUUGGCUGAAGGCAUUUGCCAUCCGAAAAGUCCUGCAGAUGAUCGGCAGGAAGCCUAAGGAACCGGACACUGGCGGUGUGGAUGACGUCAGCUCAAAAACGGAAGCGAUUGAAAUGAACCAUUUCAACACCUGUGAGCCUCUAAAAGCUGCAGAAAAGACGCCAGAAUGUGUGGCUGAAAGCCGGCUCCUCGAGUUCAUUCUGGAUGGAGAUCUUCGCCUGAAUGUGCCUAUCGCUGAAGAGGAAUCAGAUUUUGACAAUCUGAGCGUGGAGGAUGACGAGGAUGAUGAAGAGGAUUCUGACACCUCAGAUGUUGCAGAAAAAAGAAAUGGUCAACACAAUUCAAUAAACGUGGGAGAUGAAACCAGCAUCACAGAAAAACCUCAACUAAAGGAGGCUUUAGAUGAUGAUGCUUCCUCAGUAUGUAGUACAGUAGACUAUCAACCACCUGAGCCUGAACCAGAGGUAAUAGAGGAGGAAGAGCCAGAACCGGAGGAACCAGAGGCCUGCUUCACCGACAAGUGUGUGAGUAGGUGGCCAUGUUUGACUGUGGAUGUCACCGAGGGCAAAGGGAAGAAAUGGUGGAACCUCCGGAAAACUUGCUUUACAAUAGUGGAACAUGAUUGGUUUGAAACCUUCAUCAUCUUUAUGAUCCUCCUCAGCAGUGGAGCUCUUGCCUUUGAAGAUAUCCACAUAGAAAGACGCCGGACCAUCAAAAUCAUUCUAGAGUUUGCUGACAAGGUCUUCACUUACGUCUUUGUCAUUGAGAUGCUCCUCAAAUGGGUCGCAUACGGGUUCAAGACCUACUUCACCAAUGCUUGGUGUUGGCUCGACUUUUUUAUUGUAGAUAUUUCUCUGGUUAGUUUGGUGGCGAGUUGGCUGGGAUACUCUGACCUUGGACCAAUCAAGUCUCUCAGAACGCUGAGGGCUCUAAGGCCUCUACGUGCUCUGUCGAGAUUUGAAGGGAUGAGGGUGGUGGUAAACGCCCUCGUUGGAGCAAUUCCCUCCAUCUUCAAUGUGAUGCUGGUGUGUCUCAUUUUUUGGCUCAUCUUCAGCAUCAUGGGAGUUAAUCUUUUUGCCGGGAAGUUCUACCGUUGCAUCAACACCACCACAGAUGAGAUUUUUACCCUCACCGAGGUCAACAACCACAGUGAGUGCGAUGCCCUCAAUGAGGUCACACAGGAGGCUCGCUGGGUGAACGUCAAAAUCAACUUUGACAAUGUUGGAAAAGGUUACCUGUCCCUACUUCAAGUGGCAACUUUCAAGGGUUGGAUGGACAUCAUGUAUGCUGCUGUGGACUCAAGAGAGGUUGAGGAACAACCUUCCUAUGAGAUCAACCUCUACAUGUACAUGUAUUUUGUCAUCUUCAUCAUCUUUGGUUCUUUCUUCACCUUAAACCUCUUCAUUGGCGUCAUUAUUGAUAACUUUAACCAACAAAAGAAAAAGUUUGGAGACCAAGACAUCUUCAUGACCGAAGAUCAGAAACGAUACCAAGAAGUUAUGAAAAAACUUGGUUCCAAGAAGCCACAGAAGCCGAUUCCUCGGCCAACAAACUUCCUCCAGGGCAUGGUGUUCGACCUGAUCAGCCAGCAGUUCUUUGACAUCUUCAUCAUGGUCCUCAUUUGUCUCAAUAUGGUGACCAUGAUGGUGGAGACAGACGACCAAAGUGUAGAAAUGGAGGAUUUCCUCCUGAAACUAAACAUUGCUUUCAUCGUCGUCUUCACCGGGGAGUGUUUGAUGAAGCUCUUUGCUCUCCGGCAUUACUUCUUCACCAAUGGCUGGAACGUCUUUGACUUCAUCGUGGUCAUCUUAUCAAUUGCUGGGACAAUGCUUUCAGAUUUAAUUGAGAAGUACUUUGUGUCACCAACUUUAUUCAGAGUGAUCAGACUGGCCAGGAUUGGAAGGAUUUUGCGGCUUAUUAAAGGAGCGAAGGGUAUUCGGACGCUUCUGUUUGCACUGAUGAUGUCACUUCCUGCCCUGUUCAAUAUUGGUCUCCUCCUCUUCCUCAUCAUGUUCAUCUUUUCCAUCUUUGCCAUGUCGAACUUUGCUUAUGUAAAAAAGGAGGCUGGGAUCGAUGACAUAUUUAAUUUUGAAACGUUUGGAGGUAGCAUCAUCUGCUUGUUUCAGAUCACUACCUCAGCCGGAUGGGAUGGCCUUCUACUUCCAAUGUUGAACAGGGAUCCUCCCGACUGCGAUCCAGACUUUGAAAAUCCUGGCACGGAUGUAAAAGGGAACUGUGGCAACCCGGGCAUGGGUAUGAUGUUCUUCUGUAGCUACAUUACCGUCUCCUUCUUAGUUGUGGUCAACAUGUAUAUCGCAAUUAUCUUGGAGAAUUUUAAUGUAGCACAAGAGGAGAGCGGUGAACCGCUAUGCGAGGAGGACUUUGAGAUGUUCAAUGAGACCUGGGAGAAGUUUGACUUGGAUGGAACCAUGUUCAUCAACUACUGCCAGCUGUCAGACUUCUGCGAUGCCCUGCAGGAGCCUCUCCGGGUUGCCAAACCGAACCGGCUCCACCUGAUUGAAAUGGAUCUUCCUUUGGUUAUCGGCGACAGGCUUCACUUUGUGGAUGUUUUGAUGGCUGUUACUCAGAUAGUAUUGGGAGACACGGUGGAAAUGGCAGCGAUGCGUGAGAGUAUUCAAGUUAAAUUCGCCAUGAGCAACCCGUCAAAAGACUCCUUUGCACCGAUCACCACGACCGUGCGCCACAAAGAAGAGCACACGGCCGCUUUAGUCAUUCAGCGAGCGUACCGCAAGCAUCUCCUGGAGCGUUGCAUUCACCGUGCUGCUGUUUUGCACCGUUUAAAGAGAAUGGGCAAACAGGAUGAAGGUGAAGAUCCACCAGAAAAAGACGGACUGCUUGCAAAACGGUUUUGGAUUCUCUAUGGGAGCAGUCAAGAGCUUGUGGAGGAAGCGGAGCAAGUUGGUCAAUACUCACCAGAGCCGCAAAAGAUGGUCGUCCCUGUGGAAAUCGUUAAAGACAUGUUGCUGCAUUCUGCCCCCAACCAGAAUCGCCAAACCUCACAGUUAAACCUGAGAGAAUCAGAUGUAUAGUACACUUCACUAGAUGGGCUUUUCUUUAACAAAAUAAAAAAAUUAAUCUGAUAAUAUCUCGUCCUCAAAUAUAAAAAAAAAACUUGAAAAGCGGUGAUCUACAAGUUUUUAAGCUGUCAUACUUUAUAAGUCUUAGAUUUGAAUUAGAGCUGAGUUUUUUCAGUCUCUGAGGGCUAAGUUUUUGUGCUUGUAAUUAAACCAUUUUAUAAUGUAAUUUUUGUAGAUAUGUAAACUAGGAAAAGAAUAUCUGUAUCAGAAUGUUAGUUAUGCAUCUCUAAUCUUUGUCGAGUGUUGAUUAUAAUGGUGUGUUAGCCUCUGCGGCAGACUGGAAUGUUCAAACGGACAGCAUUGCACAAUGUACGCGCCCACAAAGAGAACAUUUGUACAGUUUUUUGUGUGGGCCACUUUACUGUUCUUUGAUGUGAUUUAUUCUAGUUCUUCCACAAGUUUUACUUAUAUUUUGGUCUUCUUGAAAACGGAAUAACCUCUUUUUAAAAAAAGAUUUUUAGAAUUUUCCCCUUUGAGCCUUGAGUUAAGUUGAACAGACAAGGAAACUAGUUCAGUAAAGGAUUCCAGCCAGAAACUAAAGCCCUUUUUCUCAGAAUCACUUCAUAGUUUUAAGUCUGUGUUUGAAUCUAAAUUCUUCCCCUAAUACUCUGGCUUCUCCCUAGCUCUUUAAUUAACCCCUUUCAUGGUGACGUCAGGCAAAAUGGCGACAGGGUCGUAAAUGUGAAUUGUGACUUCCAGUUGACGGGUGUAGACGGGCAAAGCUGACGGCUGAACGCUGUUGAACACAAUGUGUUUAAAUAAUUACUUUACUAAUUGUGACUGGAAUUUUUUAAAGCAUUAAUUUCAUUAAAUGUCCUACCUAACUGGUUUUCCUCUCUUAAAUCUUUAAAAAAAUCAUAAUUCAAAUGUGUGAUAUCCUCCAAUAUUGGAUGUUUUAUUUAAAACAUCUACCUUUUAUUUGAGCAGAUGUUAUUCUAAUAGUUUCUAUUUUUGGCUGAUCUUUUUUGUAUGUAUUUUAAAUGCGAUCAGCACAAAAGCUGAUAGAAAUUCACGUUAGCCACAUUUAAUCCCUUCGGCAAAGAUGCACAUCGCUGCAUUUUAAUCGGUUCCCAGGCUAAAUUUACUUGUUGUUCUACAGGAUAUUUAAGGGGAAAAUUGUAAAAGCAGAAAUUCUUUCGUUAAAUAAAAAUGUUAAAAGCAGCUAUUGAGCCACGUAUUUUCCACUUUCAAAUUAAGAGCGGCCAAGUAAAAAAAUUAAUAUCUGGGCGAUUAAGUGGAAAUAGUCACUUUCAUAUUUUUGGCAACAGUUUCCAAUUAAUUUGAUCAUUUUUUACCUUUAUUUUCCUGGAGAUCAGACGCAGUUAUGAACAAAACCAAAGAGGAACGAUGUUGGAACCACGGCUGAACUAACAGCUAAAAAGUUUUACCUUAAUGUCAUCUUACUUUUGCUCUGUUUACAAUGAUUAUGUGAGCACGGAAAUUUAGUCAACUUUUAACUGGUCAGAAGAGAUCUUCUGAAUCUCCAAGUUUCAAACCCAAAGCUAAUGCUAACGUUAGCAUUAGCACAGGUAUAAAGAAUAAAAUCUUAAUUAUCUUCAUAAUUAAACAAGCGGGAUUCAAUGAUGUACUCUUAUAAGUAAUCUUUGUCUAAUUUUAACCGGGUUGUAAAAUAAAAUGAUCCAUGACUCGUUUAAUACCAUCCAUACGAAUUUGGGGAAGCAGCAUUUGUACUUUGAUUUGUGAACAAUCCAAGAGGGAAAAAUGAAUACAACCAGGUAGGUCAUUUCGAAGAUAAAUAUUGUACAACUUUCGGUUACAAUUGGUUAGGUUACUUUUGUUAUCUAUGUAAAUUAGCUUUAAUCAGCAUUUAGAUGUCAGCUUUGCCGUUCUAAACACCAACGAUGUGUGAAAAGAGUCCAUUAUAAGCCAGCACUGUGAUUCCACUAAGCUAAAGUGAAAAUCACAGACGAAGCCUAUUAUAACUCAAUCAAUAAUCUUGGACCUCACCCAUAGAGUACAAAAAGGCCAAAUGAAGCCCAAAGGGGCUUCAGGCAAGACCAUAAAUACUGUAUAUAUGUAUUAAAGAGUCCACCCCUCUGCCAACACAGAAGUACACCAUCAAUCCCAAAAGAAACAACAAGACGGGAAUGUUCCUCCAUUCUAAAACACGACAAAGUCUAAGAAAGGAGUAAAGUUAUCUGGUUUCAGGCUGGAGCCAUCUUUGCAGAUACUAACAUUUCUGGUUGAGAAGAAGUCGGCGCUGUAUUCUUGUGGAAACCUAGUUCAAGUUUAUGGCUCAUUAGAUAUGAACUAUUUGACAAUAUAAGUUUAUUACUGUCUUAAUGGUUGUAUGUCCCACAGUUUGUACGUAUUCAAGUAUAUUAUUUUGACAUUUCUAAGUAAAGUCCAUCCAUGUCCAUGUUUUUAUUUUAAAAACAGCAUGUUCCUCUUUGAAUUUAGUUUAAAAUCUGUCCACGUGUACAAAACUCUUAGUCUUAACAUCUAAUGUCUUAUUUUGAAUAUAUGUUCAGUUAACAUAUACUUAGUAAAUCAGCAUCAUUAAAAGAUGGUUUUAAUGAGGUAUUAAUAUUUGUCUGUGGUUGUAUUUUCUCUUGAUAUAAAGAUUCAGUGGGUGACAGGACUGCAGGCAGACCAGAUCAACACCCAGGAUCUUUACUACGUCAUGCUGCAUUGAUGUGUGUGGGUUUUGGAUUACCAUGACAACAGGCACUCACUGUGGAUUUCUGCAUUUUCAC